GCGCGGGCUGGAAGAGUGAGUCGCGACUGGGCGCUGGGUUCUCCAUGGCGGCGGAGCGUGUAGGGACCAGCCCCACCUUCCCUCUUCUCGCGCCGGGCCAGGGCCGCCCCUCGGCGGGGAUGUGAGGAGCGCCGCCGCAGGUUUCAGCAUUGCAUCACCCUGUCUCCAGUAACAGCAGCUCUUUUGUUCCAUGACCGAUGUGGCGGUUUUGAACACUUCAGUAGCUUACGAAAUGACCCAGAGUGGAGGAAAAUAUGAUUUCUAUAUUGGUCUCGUGUUGGCUAUGAGCUCCAGCAUUUUCAUUGGAGGGAGUUUCAUCCUAAAAAAGAAGGGUCUCCUCCGGCUGGCCAGGAAGGGCUCCAUGAGAGCAGGUCAAGGCGGUCAUGCAUAUCUUAAAGAGUGGCUGUGGUGGGCUGGACUUCUGUCAAUGGGAGCUGGUGAAGUAGCUAACUUUGCUGCUUAUGCAUUUGCACCAGCUACAUUAGUGACUCCAUUGGGAGCUCUCAGUGUUCUUGUAAGUGCCAUUCUUUCAUCCUAUUUUUUAAAUGAAAAACUUAAUCUGCAUGGAAAAAUUGGAUGUUUGUUAAGUAUAUUGGGGUCAACUGUGAUGGUCAUUCAUGCUCCACAAGAAGAGGAAGUAGAAACUUUGAGUGAAAUGUCUCACAAGCUAGGAGAUCCAGGUUUUGUGGUUUUUGCAACAGUUGUCGUCAUUGUGUCCUUAAUACUGAUAUUCGUGGUAGGACCUCGCCAUGGACAGACCAACAUUCUUGUGUACAUAACAAUCUGCUCUGUAAUUGGAGCAUUGUCAGUCUCCUGCGUGAAAGGCUUGGGCAUCACUAUCAAGGAACUUAUUGCAGGAAAACCUGUGCUAAAACAUUCUUUGUCCUGGAUUCUGCUGCUAAGUCUUAUAAUCUGUGUGAGCACACAGAUCAACUAUUUAAACAGAGCUCUGGAUAUAUUCAACACCUCCAUAGUGACUCCAAUAUAUUAUGUAUUCUUUACAACAUCUGUUUUAACUUGUUCUGCUAUUCUUUUCAAGGAGUGGCAACACAUGUCUGCUGCUGACAUUAUUGGCACCUUCAGUGGUUUUCUCACGAUCAUUGUGGGGAUCUUUUUAUUGCAUGCCUUUAAAGAUGUAAAUUUCACUCUAGCAAAUCUGCCUGUCUCCUUGCGGAAAGAUGACAGAGCAAUCAAUGGCACUCUGCCAACCACAUAUGAAUGCUUUAAUCAUGAUGAAGAAAGCUCAACCUGUGUAGGUGAAAUACAAUCCAGUGAGAAUGUCCCAUCCAGGAGAAAUGGAAGUCUGGCAGCAUUCUGAAAAUGUGUUAAGAAAAGAACAAUUUUGUAACUUUUUUUUUUUUUUUUUUGCUGUAAAAUGUUUGAGUUUGGAAGCAGAUGAUGUACUUGAACAAUAUGUACAGACAAUCGUAAAUUUUUAGGUUUGAUUAGUUUGGGCCAAGAAUAGUGAUGGAGUUUUAAUUUGCCUUAUUUUUACUUUAAAAAGACACACUGCAAUGACCUCAGUACAUGGUUUGUUUUUGUUGCUCUUAAGUUAUCUGUGUAAACUUGUAAAUAUUUUUAAUUUGAAUUUUCCAUUUUAAAGACUUAUUGCACUAAUAACAAUUUUAACUAUAUCAAAAAUAAAUUGCUUUAAUUUUG